GCAGUUUGAAAAUAAGCCUCCAGUUUCUCCAAAGGGAGAGAUUUAAGUUGAUGUUGUUGAACUUUUUGGAGCUGGAGGGGAGAAAUUCGGAGUUUCUCUCUAACUUUCUGGCUGUAGUGAGUGAGUUUACAAUGAGAGCGGUUUAGUCUAGAGCAGACACUCCGCCCCGCUUUCACCGCACGCACGUCUUUUCCGGACCGGGAGGAGACUGAGCUCUGUGCCCUGAUCCUCAGCCUCUUGGCCGGCCUGCGGGCCCAUAUCUCUGCCCGUCCAGGCCCCAGCCAGUCGGGGAGAGCAGCUUGAAGGAGGGCUCUCGGAUGCCCCGAGCUGACUGAGGGCUCCUUGCCUUUCGUACGAUGGAGGAGCCGGCCGGUGCCCUGCAGGCGUCUCUGUCGGAGGCGCAGAAUGAGCGGCGCUCCAUGGCCGAGGAGGAUCCGAACGGGAACGAGCACGGAGCCGGGGCGAGGAGCAGCACCGUGCCGCGCUGGGGACCACAACACGCCGGGGCCAGGGAGCUCGCCCAGCUUUACUCACCAGGUAAACGGUUACAGGAAUGGAUCUGUGUCAUCUUGUGUGUCUGUUUGGUGAUGAUCAACUUCUUUUUCCUGAUGCUGCAUUUUUCUAUGGAUCACUUUUCCAAAUUAAUAGUAGCCAUUUUUGCUGGGAUUGUUACUGCGGAUUUUGCCUCCGGCCUGGUUCACUGGGGAGCAGACACCUGGGGUUCUGUUGAUAUCCCUGUCAUUGGCAAGGCAUUUAUAAGACCUUUUCGAGAGCAUCAUAUUGAUCCAACUGCAAUAACAAGGCAUGACUUCAUUGAGACUAAUGGUGAUAAUUGUAUGUUCACUAUUAUUCCACUGGCCCACACAACCUACAAGUUUAUCACUAACAGUCCAGAAGCUAUCUAUGAAGCUUAUGCCUGGGACUGCUAUAUCUUCUGUUUAGGCAUAUUUGUGACAAUGACCAAUCAGAUUCACAAAUGGUCCCACACAUACUUUGGUCUGCCUCGUUGGGUCACCAUCUUGCAGGACCUUCACAUCAUUCUGCCCAGAAAGCAUCAUCGAAUCCAUCAUGUUGCCCCUCAUGAAACUUACUUCUGCAUUACCACAGGAUGGCUUAACUACCUUCUGGAAAAGAUUGGAUUUUGGCGGAACUCUGAAUAUGUCAUAACAAACCUAACUGGACAUAAGCCAAGGACUGAUGACAUGAAGUGGGCCCACAAGAUGGAAUAAAUUAAUGUAAAUUAACCAGUCAUGUUUUUGGCCACUGAACAGUCUAAACUGUGCUCUAGAACAGAAGAUGCUUCGAAUUCUUUUUUUCUAAAUCCAGACCAGAACUUGGAAACUUGCAUCAUUGCAAGAUAUGAUGUAUGUUUGAAUGACGUUUUAUUUGCAAAUCAUUGCUGCCAUUCAGAUCAGCUGCUGUUGAUGGUGUAGACAUAAUUAGAGAAAUAAUCCUUUGCUUAUCACUUUAUGUUAAUGUACAAGAUACUAACUAUGUACGUCAUUUUGUACUCAAUAUUUCGUUAAAAACAGUACCAGCAACAUUUUAAGAAAAUGUAAAGAUCAGCGUGCCAUUUCAAUGGUGAGUUUUGAAAGACUUUGGCAAAAGACAAGUACAUCCUGAUCAACCUUAAGCACCUGUUAAAAUGAUUGUAAUCCCAGAAAAUUGUGGAAGCUCACGUGGGACUUCAUACAAAGUUUAUUUUAAUUUUAUAAUUGUGAGUUUUUUUGUGUUUUUUUAGCAAUGAUAUUGGUGAUUGUUUUAUGUGAGGUAAACUUCAUAACAUAGAAUCAAAUCAGAGAAUCAUUCACACUCCAAAUGUAGCCUCACUGUUAAAUCAAGAAUAAACAAGAGGACCACUUUAAAA